UACAGCUGGUGACAUCUCUGAACCCAUUUAAUUAGAGCUAGUUUAAUACUGUUAAUAGGACGACUGUUGUUUACAACUAUAUGUAAACUUUUGGCCACACCCGUGUAUUACCUUUUUUAAACGAAAAAAAAUAAAUGUCAUGUCCAGAAUAAGUUAUUGUAUAUAUUAAAAAGGUAUAUCCGAGAGAGAAGCUUUCUCCCAUUGUUAAUGUCUUUUUUUUUUAGUUUAAGUAAUCUACAAUUUACCGUAGAAGGAAGUGCGCAACGGUGAAGCCUCUCGCUCUCGCUCCUUUAUACUCUUUGAUACCUAAGUCAAACUUUCAAUCUUGUCUGUGUAGUCUCCGGGCGCUGUUCUUUCACAAAUGUCGCAUUUAUUUUCCCCCUCUUGGAUUGGACAUUAUGAAAUGUUCUUGAUCAGAUAAAAAGGCGGAAGUAUGGGCAAAUUCCAGUCCAAACUUGCUUCGAAACGUAGACAGGGUCCUGAAGGUGGUAGUUUGGCUUCCAGUGUGCUGACCUGUCAAAGGGAGCUGGAGCGCAUCUACAAAACCAAACUGACAGAGAACUUGUACGUAGAAUUGAGGGCGAACAAGUCUGGGCGUAACUGCAACCUUAAAGUGAGUCUGCCACCAAAGAAGACACCUAAUAGAGAUAAAAGCAUCCACUUCCAGUUCAAUAAACGGACAAAGAAGAGGAACAGCCAUGAUUGUGUCACAGAGUGUAACAUAGUGUCUAAUGAGGACACUCAGCAGGAGUGGGUCUUCACACUGUACAACUUUGACAACAGUGACGAGGUCACCAGAGAGGACAUGUCCAGUCUGAUACACUCCAUGCAUGAAGUUUUAGUGGCGUCGGUCAAGCCGCCGCACGGUGGCACCACACCACUGAAGAUAAAGCUGGUUGUAACUUCAUCAGCUGGCCCAGAGAAGACAUCACAAAUAGCAGCAGAGAAGGAGCGGACUACUUCUCAGGAGGCAGCAAAAACACACUAUUGUGUGGAUGAAAACAUAGAGCGCAGAAACCACUACCUGGAUCUAGCUGGCAUUGAAAACUAUACCUCCAAGUUUGACAAUACAGAAUCUCCCUUUCUGGAGCCCUCUCGGAAUGCUCAUUCUGCUCUUAAGCACCACCCUGUGGUGAUCAGAGAGACCGGCAUCCCUCCUGACCCUACCAGAGGCCACUCUAUUCCUUAUUCCCAAAGAAGCAAGGCUGUGUCAGUGGGGAAAGACAGGAACGGAGAAGAGGGGAAGUCCUGCAGGUUACAUGGCCAACAACCUGCUUCAUGGUGCCAUCAUUACCAGUCUCCGCCUGCAACACAUAGCGUCCUGCAACGGAGUCAGAGCAAAAGGCUUCGCUCCAGGAUACAAGAUGCUGCCUCGCACCUUAGGCCUACACCGGGGGGAGGUAGGGAAAUAUCGUCCAACCUUCAGCCCUCCUAUGGUGCCUUGGCUUCUCCAGCCCAGAGACAAGAGCACUAUCACCACCACGAGCAUCAUCAUCACCAUCACUACCACCCUUCAUAAAUGUUUUUCAAACACACACAAGACUGGUAAGAAGAGUCGGUACAGACUAUCGACCUGAAAUGUGGUAGUUUUUUACGUUAAAUUCAACUCCGCAGGUCCUUGAAUCACCUAAUUUACUUGAUAUUCAGAGUGUGGUGAAAUCAGGCUUAGGCACUGUUAUCUUAAUGCAAGCAAAGCCGAAAAUAUUACUACACUAGUUCCAAGUAUUUUCAGUUCAGUGUUUACUAAACACUACUUUUAUAACAUUUUCAGUUGGCAGGUUCAUCUAAGGUACAUUACCACGUGGAUUUAAAAGUUAUUUAAAUGCACACUUUGUAGAGAUACAUGCCUGCAUUUUAACCUGUAUUUUGUAUAACCUGCAUAGCCACAUAUUUGCUUCUUAGGGCAAAUAUGUGUAGCCUGGCUCCGCCCUCCUACUUACUUCUGCUCAGUUUUCAUUUCGCUUCAGUACAUUUGUACAAAUGAAUUGUACAAGAGUCUGGUAGGACCAGGCUAAAAUAUGUAUACCAUUGAACAAACAUUUAAUGACAGUGAAUAAUUCUCUGUUGAUAGUUCAUAGUCAAAUAACAAUCCCUGAAAGUCCAUGCUUUGUUUUCUUGCAUUAUUCUAUGCAUGUUAGUGACAUUGUUUUAACUCAAAAACAGCGAGAUGGUAUAGAAAUGCAAAAAUAUGGUCAACAAAGUAAACAUGGCAGAAUUUGUAUCAGGUGUCUAUAACAACAGAGAAUACCAGGUUGUUUUAUAUGUUUUGGAAUCUGCACCCAUGUUUUAUAUUGGAAGAAUCAAUCAUGUUAAAGGCAGAGACACCCAUGUCUUAACUGACAGAAGCCUCAAAAGACCACAAUGCAUUGCAACCAUGUUAGAUGCUGUAAUUUGAGAGCGACCAAAGCCAUUAACUGAGGCAGGUUUGGUUAAAAGUGAAUGCGCCCAAAAGUAGAUAACAGCCUCUUAUCACAAGCUUCCUUCUCAAAUGCAUUAAACUUUUCAAAGUGAUAAUGAUUCUGUACCACACAUUUUAUUGUUCCUGUUUUGCUGUUAAAUAUAUGUUUUUGCGAUCUGGCAGGCCAUUUGAGUAGUGUCACAAAGAGGUGUUUUCAGAAUAGUGACAAGUUACCCAGUAACAUUCAAAUGUUGUUCCUAUUUAUCUCUCUUGCGCAAGUUGCAAAUCGACACUGUGCCUGGCGAAGGACUUGAGACAGCUGUUUCUAUUAAUAACCUCUACCCACUUACUCUGUCACGGGACCCCUGCAACCUCACCACAGCAAGCCUGGGUCUAGACUAAUACACAACACCCAGGCAGACAUCAACAGAGGAAAUCAACAAAGCA